CUGACUACCGUGCAAUUUAAGAGAUUAGCGAGACGUUGCUGAGUUAUAACCAACAAUUGCGACACCGUGAUGGACAAUAAUUUCCACAUGGGCUCGUAUUUAUAAGUCGCUUCCCCUCCUCACAUCCGGGCAUUCGGAAGUCUUGCACUCUGGGCUACAUGCAGAGAAUCAGAUUUCUCCCCGCCGCCCAGGGGAAAGUCCCCGGACUCGAGGCAGAAAGUGCCGCUGGGUGAUUCCAGUGUCCGCUAGCGCCGCACCGCGAACAAGCUAAGACGUUCAUAUGAGCAGAGCUUGGUGUCCGCUUGUGGACUUUGUCAGCGUUACUAGUAAUGCAAGUGAGCAGUCACUAACGCAGAAACAGAACGGGGCUCAUUCUCGGAAUGCACUUUUUUCUUAAUAUACAUAUAUAUAUCUUACACACUAUUGUAAUUCAGAGGCGCUAAUGCCCCUACGCUAGUUUAAUUAGCUUUAAGCGAGCUCUUCCGUGUUGAGCACAGCGGUUACUUAGCAACCGGCACAGGAAGUGCCGGUUUACGUUACUUUCGGACUCGAGAACACACGAUGUGAUCGUUUUACAAAGGGAUCAUCAGUUUGUUAGAGUCUAAAAUGAGAAAAUGCUUUUUUUUUAAAAUUUAUUUACACCAUCUCCUUCUUGUGCAGUUACCUUUAUACUCAACCACAACAGCUGACAGUGAAGUGCCGGAGAGAGCAUUUUUAAACGUGCUGAGGCCGUCAUCUUGUGGUCGAAAACGUGACGUGCAGCUCUUGAGCGUCGAGCUAGCUGUGAGUGCCUGGGAUUAAUUGAAAUAAAUGAACCUGACGUCACAGGCUGUAAUUUGUUCAUAGAACAUGAAAGUCCCCUUGGGACUAAUGUCACAGUCUCAAUAACAUUUUGGAAACAGUUUUCUUAAUUUUGUGAUGUUUGAUUAAGUAUCCCUCCCAAAUAGUUUAAAUUAAUAUGAGCUACGUGGCUUAGAUUCCCUGCAAGUGCACAUAUACAGUAAAUCUAUGUAUUUUAAGUAACCCAAGCAGUCAAUUUAAUUUUUAACAGUACAGAAUAUCAAUCAACACAAUUUCUACUACUACCUAAUUUUGCUCUUGAAAGGAGAAAAAAUAUAUAAUUGUAGUGCUGUGUAGAAUCUGUCCUGUCUGAACAAUUCAAGAUGGUGGAAAAACCAUUUGGAGAUACAGGAAUAACAUUAGACAUAUUAUUGUUAUUCUGCAUGGUCGCUGCUGAAUAUGGCCAGUGCUGCUCCAUUUUCUCAGUGGCGUCACAUUUCUGCAUGACAUGGGAGGGACAAAGGCACUUGUUUUUCCAUGUUGGCACCACUGGAGGGAGCUCUAGAUUUACAGCAUCCCUGCUAAUACACCCUGACAUGAGCCCUACAAAGACACACACUGACAUACUGUAUGCUACUGGAUUAGGUAGCACACAAAAAGAUUACAGCGUCACAUGGUGGCCCCUCCGAAUGGUGCCUGCCUGUAAUCUACUUCCCUUCCUCUGAGCCAUCCCAUCAUUCAUUUGGAGUGGGCGUAGGCUCAGGCAGCAGCAGCAUCACAAAGGUCCAGCUCCUCCCUGCCGUGUCCUGGCGAGACUGAGGGAGGGAGGGAGAGACAGAGAGAGGAUCAGGGUCAGAUGAAUUCCAGUCUGAGUAACGAACGCAGUGUGUGCAGGAGAGUGUGUGUAUAAGAGAGGACGAAUCAGGGAGGGAGAUUAGAGAGAGAGAGAGAGUUGAGGGGGGGUGGGUUGUGUGUGUAUGUGUGUGUGUGAGAGAGAGAGAGAGAGAGAGAAAGAGACAGAGAGACAGAAAGAGGAAAUCCAGACAGAGGGAGGAAGGGAACAUAAAGAGAGGAAGGAAAAGGGGGGCAGGAGGAAAAAGACAAGACAAGGGGACCCAGAUUAAGAAGGAAGAUGGCUGAGCCGGAGCUGAAAUCACGGAGCAGCCGGGAGAGCGUUGCCAAGGCGGCGAGCCAGGAGAAGAUGGAGGCUGAAGCACACCCAGACCAAGAUGGUCUGAUUGCAGAUCAGUCGGCAUCUCCAUCCAGCCCCAUGGUCCCUGCAUCAGCCGCCACAAGCCCUACAGAUGGCUCGCCCGCCAAAGGGGAGAAGGUCGUUCUCAAACGCAGCAUCACCCUCUUCAAUGGUGUGGGGAUGAUCAUAGGCACCAUCAUCGGCUCAGGCAUUUUUGUCACUCCAACGGGUGUGGUUAAGGAGACUGGCUCAGCUGGGCUCUCCCUGAUCGUGUGGUCUGCCUGCGGCGUCAUCUCAACCAUGGGUGCCCUGUGCUACGCUGAGCUGGGCACGACCAUCACCAAGUCUGGGGGAGACUAUACUUACAUCCUGGAAGUGUACGGCGAGCUGGCGGCUUUUUUAAAGCUGUGGGUUGAGAUGCUCAUCAUCCGGCCGUCAUCGCAGUAUGUUGUGUCGCUGGUGUUCGCCACGUACCUGCUGAAACCUCUCUACCCAAACUGCUCUGUGCCCGACAGUGCUGCCAAGCUCAUCGCCUGCCUGUGUCUUACCUCCCUGACGUUUGUAAACUGCAUCAGCGUGAGAGCGGCCACAAAGGUCCAGGACUUGUUCACGGCCUCCAAACUGGUGGCCCUGAUCAUCAUCAUCCUCUUCGGCUUCAUCCAGAUUGGCACAGGCGAUGUGCCGUACCUGACGCUGGAAAAGUCGUUUGAGGGCAGCAAAAUGGGGGUGGACAAUAUCGUGUUGGCUCUGUACAGUGGUCUCUUUGCCUUUGGAGGCUGGAAUUACCUGAACUACGUGACUGAGGAGAUGAUCAAUCCAGAGAGGAACCUGCCGUUGUCCAUCAUCAUAUCCAUGCCUAUAGUGACGGUGGUGUACGUCCUCACCAACCUGGCCUACUUCACCACCAUCUCUCCUGAAGAGAUGGUCGAGUCCGAGGCCGUUGCCGUGAGUUUUGGCGAGUACCAUCUUGGUGUGAUGGCCUGGCUGAUUCCUGUCUUUGUGGGACUGUCCUGCUUUGGAGCUGUCAACGGAUCCCUGUUCACCUCAGCUCGGUUGUUCUACGCCGGAGCUCGUGAAGGUCAGCUCCCUGCUGCUCUGGGAUUGGUCCACACAGACCUCUUCACACCAGUGCCAUCCCUCAUCUUCACGUGUUUGCUGUCCAUGAUGUACGCCAUCUCUCAGGACAUCUUCUCUGUCAUCAACCUCUUCAGCUUCUUCACCUGGCUGUGUGUCGGGAUGGCCAUCGCUGGCUUGGUCUGGAUGCGCUUCACCAAGCCCAACCUCAGAAGGCCAAUUAAGUUUCCUCUGUUUAUCCCCUUGACUUUUGUCUUGGGCUGCGUCUUCAUGAUCGUCGUGUCCUUCUGGGCAGCUCCGUUUGAGUGCCUGGUAGGCAGCAGCAUCAUUCUCACAGGCGUCCCGGCGUACCUACUGGGCUACAAGUGGAAGAAACCCCAUGUGGUCAAGAAGAUGCUGGAAAUCUUCACCAUGUUCUGUCAGAAGAUCUUCAUGUCGGUUCCUGAGGAGAGGGAGCAGCGGGUGGCUGAAUAAGGCCGGACACACUGACCAACAUGAGUCGAUAUUUUUGUCUGAACAUUCUUGACAUGUUUACAUUCAUUCACCUGUGAUUUGGCUUCAACAGUUUUAUUAUUAUUAUUAUUAUUAUUUUGUUAAUCUUUGAAUUACUACGGAAACACUGAGAGGCAAGUUAGAAAAAAAUAGAUCUGCUGAUCCUUUUUUUCUGAGUCUGAUUGAAAUAUUGGUUUUCCUUUGUUUAUGACUUAAGAACAUUAUAAUAAUUUAAUGAUUGAUAAUGUUUAUUUUUUCCAUCUCAGAAAAAUCAAUUCAUCCAUGAAAUCAGGUGAAAAAAAAGAAAUGUUUUAACCGAUGCCUCUGAUUGGCUAACCCUGAUCCCUCAUGCCUACUUCUAAUUGUGCCAAACCAACAAAGCCAAUCCAAAGCCAAAGUUUAUACGCUAUUGGUUUAAACCGCUCAGACCCACGCCACAGGGCAGCGUGUAUGUCCUGAUUACAAACCUUAUGAAGUCCCUCUGUCAUGAUAAAUCAUAUCGCUAUCUCUUUGUUUUCCUGAGAUGAUGACACAAAUUAAACCGCUAUCACAGCAAAAAGUAUCUCGACUGGCGUUCUGAAGAUAGGGGCAAUUGGAAAAGUAAUUACGUCCAUGGCCUUUAAGGGCUUCCAUAUUUAAGUCAUUAACACAGGAAACAAUCAAGAUCACACCUAAAAAAAUAGAUCACCAUUUUUUUUUUCCACUUGCCUCCACACUAAACAGUCAGGCAACUGUGACACAAAUUGGUAUUCCCUAGUGCGGCCUGGCAAUCUUAUUGAAAGAGGGUUUACACGAAGGGUUUCUCUUGUUUGCAUAGUAUGAAGGGAUGUUUUAUUCUAAAUCUUUUUGACAAUUAUAUCUCCUUUAAUGCUAGAUCAUGCAUAUAUGUUGCAUGUUAGUUAGGUAUAAAAAGGAGAGUCAUGCAGUAUGAUUAGUCGUAAACACAAGAUCAGAAGCUGCACAAUAUGUAGUCGAGUGGCCUAGAACGAGCAAGUGUCGUGCUCGCCUGAAGUGUACAAAUGAGUAGCCAAGCGAGACAAGAUGCUUUUUUUUAAACUUUCUUUACUUUUUGAUAAACACUAACAACCAAACUUCAUAUAGUUUAUUAUAGUUGACAGUUUUAAGGAAUAUGAACGCUGUAUACAGUACCUACCUGUGAGUUAACCUCUCUGCUACAGUUAUGACCUCACAUCCUCAUUAAACACUCACUGCACAGUGUAUAAAUAAGGUCAGGGAUGGAAGAGGAGGAGGUUAACUCAUCAUAACACUGGUUACAUUAUACUCAUACUAAUAUUUGUGUUAAGCAAUUGAUUUAAAUGUGUAUUUUUUGUAUUCAUUUGUUAAAAUGAGACCACAGCACUAUCUUAAAGCACAAACGUAAGACAAAACAGUGUAUGUAAUGUUUCCUUAAGAUUUGUCGCUGUGAAUCAGGUCUGUUUUCUUGUAUCGUAUCAUUCUCACAUCAAAUCAUGUCGCAGUCAGCGCUCCAUGUGUGAUGAUGAAAUGACAGCGGAUACCAGCACCUGUGAGGCAUUACUAUAACAAACUGAAGACCUGUAUAGAUGUCAUUCUGGUUGUACUCGGUAAACCCAUUGUAGUGUUAGUGUUUUGUAUUGCGUGCAUCUACUGUAUAAUCUGUGCCAGACAUGUCAGUGCUGAUAUCCCAGUUGUUUUGUUUUAUUGCCACUAUAAGACCAGAAUGAAUGUUACAAAGUUAUUGACGUCAGCUUUGCUUUUUUUUUU